GGGCGGCGCCGGGCGGAGCGGGCCCGCCACACCCGGAAGUCCCGCGCCACCCGGCCCUUCGGGAACCGGCCGGGAAAGGACGAUCAGGGCGGCGAUUGGUCGGGACCCUGCAGAGCCCGGCCUGCGCCAGCGGCCCCGCCCGCCUCCAGCCCUCGGGCCGCGCCCGACCGUCCCGGAACUGCCCCUGCCCGCCGCGAGGGGACAAGAGUGCGCGAGCCCCGCCGUCCCCACGCUGCGACCACGAGCGAGGCGGGGCGCGACCGGGCCGGACCCGGAGUGAGACGGGCGAGAGCCGCCGUGCGGAGCAGCAGGCCCGAAGCAAUGGCGGCCCCAGGAACCCCGGCGCCACCCGCCCCAGUCGCGCCUGGGGGGAUCUCUGGGGGAGGGAGCCGGGGACCUCCUGACCCCCUGCCAGAGCCCAAGCAGCUCCCAGAGCUGAUCCGCCUGAAGCGAGACGGAGGCCGCCUGAGCGAGGGGGACAUCAGGGAUUUCGUGCGCGCUGUGAUGGACGGGACCGCGCAGGGCGCUCAGAUCGGGGCCAUGCUCAUGGCCAUCAGACUGCAGGGCAUGGAUCUGGAGGAGACCUCAGCACUGACCCAGGCCCUGGCCAAGUCCGGGCAGCAGCUGGAGUGGCCAGAGGCCUGGCAUCCACAGCUCGUGGACAAACAUUCCACAGGUGGUGUGGGUGACAAGGUUAGCCUGGUCCUGGCCCCCGCCCUGGCUGCCUGUGGCUGCAAGGUGCCAAUGAUCAGCGGACGUGGCCUGGGGCACACAGGGGGCACCUUGGAUAAGCUGGAGUCUAUUCCUGGAUUCAGUGUCAUCCAAAGCCCAGAACAGAUGCAAGUGCUGCUGGAGCAAGUGGGCUGCUGUAUUGUGGGUCAGAGUGAGAAGCUGGUUCCUGCAGAUGGAAUUCUGUAUGCAGCAAGAGACGUGACAGCCACCGUGGACAGCCUGCCUCUCGUCACAGCCCACAGGUGCCGCCGCCCCCAUCACAGGAGACUUUCACAAUGCCCCAGAGUCAGCAUCCCCCAAGUCCCCUGGAGAGCCGUUGUCUCCAGCCCCUUGUGCCUCCUCCCAGCCUCCAUCCUCAGUAAGAAGGUGGUGGAGGGACUGUCAGCUCUGGUGGUGGACGUUAAGUUUGGAGGAGCCGCAGUCUUCCCCAACCAGGAGCAGGCCCGGGAGCUGGCCAGGGCGCUGGUGGGCGUGGGGGCAGGCCUGGGGCUUCGGGUCGCGGCGGCCCUGACCGCCAUGGACAACCCCCUGGGCCGCAAUGUGGGCCACACCCUGGAAGUGGAGGAGGCGCUGCUCUGCAUGGACGGCGCCGGGCCCCCAGACCUGCGCGAUCUGGUCACUAGACUCGGGGGCGCCCUGCUCUGGCUCAGCGGACAGACGCAGGCCCCGGCCGAGGGCGCGGCCCGGGUGGCCGCGGCGCUGGACGACGGCUCGGCCCGGGGCCGGUUCCAGCAGAUGCUCGCGGCGCAGGGUGUGGAGCCGGGCCUGGCGCGAGCCUUAUGCUCCGGGAGCCCCGCGCAGCGCCGGCAGCUGCUGCCCAGCGCCCGGGAGCAGGAGGAGCUGUGCGCGCCCGCGGAUGGCACCGUGGAGCUCGUCCGGGCGCUGCCGCUGGCGCUCGUGCUGCAUGAGCUCGGCGCUGGACGCCGCCGCGCGGGAGAGCCGCUCCGGAUGGGGGUGGGCGCCGAGCUGCUGGUCGCCGUGGGCCAGAAGCUGCGCCGCGGGACGCCCUGGCUCCGCGUGCACCUGGACCGCCCCGCGCUCAGCGACCCGCAGCGCCGCGCCCUGCAGGGGGCGCUCGUGCUCUCGGACCGCGCGCCCUUCGCCGCCCCCUCGCCCUUCGCCGAGCUCGUCCUGCCGCCGUCCUGCUGACCCACGCACCUCUCCUGCCCCACGCGCAGCAAUAAAGCCCUGCAGCCGCGAAG